AUGUUUGAGAGAACGAAACAAAGAAAGAGAAAUGUUAAUCAGAAUAUUCCUUUAAAGUUUAAAUACAUUUUCAAAGAAAAUGAAAGUUCAAAGACUGAAGAAGAUAAAUUAAAAUGUUAUGCUCGUUAUAAAAGGAAAACCUUUAAAAUCAAAGUUACGUAUGCAAGCGUCUUCGUGAAGUUAAGAAUCAUCAGAAACGUCGAAGACGUGAUCUCACUGAAAGGACCUGGACUUGUAGAUACGAAAACCGCUUCAGCCGUGGAUCGCAUAAACGAGGGUAGUCAAACGGCGGUGUCGAAACCCCGGAAAUCCCGUCGCAAGAAGCCAAAAAACGCUACAGCCAAUUCCAAGGCAAAAGCUAUGUCAACUCCUUGCGGCGAAUAUCGAAAGGAGAUCCAAAAGUGUAAUGUCCAAGCUGGAACACAAGUGAUAAAUCAACAACCAUGUUCCAUACCAACAAUUCAAAAUCAAACUACCUCGGCGGCACCGAUGCGACCUAGAUCUGUCUAUACGGCACAUAGUUAUCACGCACAGACAGAUGAAACUAAUUUCCAGCGAUACAGUGAAUUUCCCAAGUACUUUGAAGCACCACCGUCGGAGCAAUGGGGUGGAUUAGCCGGUACAACAGCAUUUUCUAAUUCAACAGCACUUUGGCGACAACCACGAAAUUCUAAAACCAUUGCACCAUAUUAUGAAGAGACGUGUCUCUACGCAGAAAACUGGAGAGAACAUGAUACUGAUGCUGCUAUUGUAGCUACACCGCAUGGAACAAUUUCAUUGAGACUUCACAACAGAAUUCGGGUUGAUAUGACGAUCGAUCGUGCAGUUAGAGUAAUUAAUUUUAAGAAUAAUAUUGUACUAUCGUUGAGCGGUUCUGGAGCGGCUGCGGCAUUACUCCAUCCAAAUGGAAGAAUAUAUCAGUAUGGAUCAAGAGUCGAAAUCCUGGCCCAUGACGCCCAUGGCAAUAACAAAUACGCGAAGAUGUGGUAUAAAGGGGUGAGCUUCACUUCAGAGCAGUGUGCUCUAGUUUAUUUAGUUGAUACGGCGGGGACAAGAACAACUACGGAUUCAUUUUCAGAUAUGGGUCAGGACUUUUCCCUUAGUGUUUUUUAUUCUCGUUCUCGACAUGGUGCAGCAUGCUUACAAGAAGCUGCAGCAGCUUUAAGUGCUGCUCAAUACUGGUUAACUAAUGAGGGUGUAGAAAAUUGGAUCAUUAAUAAUGUUAGAGUUUCACAAACACCUGAUGGUCUCGUCAGGAUUGCACGAAAUAGUAACAAAUACCAAUUACGAACAUCGCCUAGUAAUGGAACAGCUUCAUUAACAACACCAUUUUUACAUUGUACGGCAUCUCUUGGUCAAACUUCCCAUCUUUUUGUGCGUCGUGGUGAACGACGUAUGCAUUAUGAUGGAACUAGUUUUAUUGUACGAAAUGCGGGUCACAGUGCUGGAUUCGAUGAUAACAAUCAAUUGAAAGUUUAUUAA